UAUAAACGGACUCUGGUGAGCUAUUCGUACACACUACGCUGUGGAAUAGUAAUAAUACUAAUUCUUGUUGAAGGUCCAAAAUGGAUUUCUUAAAAACAUCAUUCGGUUGGAAUAAUGCAGAGUAUAAUCAAAAUUUAGAAGAAACAUGGAAUCUAAUUUAUCAAAAUAGUAUGAAAAAUUAUUAUACUAUAAUGAAUAGUUUAUCAAAAUGUACAACAUUAUCUGAAUCAUCAAAUGAUACUAGUCAAUUAUGCAGUUUCAAUUCAAAUCCAUUAACCUAUGAUUAUAAUACAGCUACCAUUUCAACUACUGUUAAUGAUACUACUAUUAAAAAUAAUAGUACUAUAGAGAGAUAUACGGAAAAUAAUGAGCAAAAUGAACCAAUUAAUCUGUGUAUUCGUGAUCAGCAUGACGCAACAGCAUACAAAAAUGGAUGUAAUAUUAAAGUUGAUGGUAUGAAUAAUAAUAAUAAUAGUAAUAUUAUUUGUCCGAAUAAUAUUCAAUUUCAUAAUAUCAUUUCUGCUAUAACCAAUGACAGUAAUACUCAUAAUAAUAAUAACAUUAAUAACACGAACACCAAUAAUAAUUCAUUAUAUUUCACUGAUAUUACUAACAGAUUGAAUACAGGAUAUUCAAUGAAUCCAAAUUACGGAAUAAAUAUGAAUCAUUCUAGCGUGAUAUCAUCAGAAUUUAAACUGCUCCCGGAUUGUUUGAAUCCAUUCCUUCUAAUGAAUUUUAAUAAUAUGUAUGAUAAUAUGAGCAACAGCAAUAUCAAUAAUAAUAAUAAUAAUAAUAAGGGCCAUUCAAUGCAUUCAACACUACGUACACCAUCGCCAACAAUACAACACCAACAACAGUCAGAAGUAGGCGGUGUAUUUUUAACAUCUACACCUGUAUGGCGUAAACAGAAAGAAUAUCAACACGAAAAUUUAAACAAAUCUCUAUGGCUAUCAGGAGAACAACAAGCCGGUGAAAUGCAAACAGCUGCAGAAAAUAUGAAAUUGCGAAAAUAUUCCCGGCAUUCUAAUCGUUUUGGAUAUUCACGUAAUAAAGUUCUACAAGCACAAAAAAAACUUCAGCGUAAAUUCAAUAAUCACAUUGUUGUUAACAGUGAUCUGAAUGGUAAUCAGAAUGCUGGACACAACAACAACAACAACAAUAACAUCAAUAAACAGCGUAUGCAUAGGUCCUCUAGUGGUAGAAGACGUCGUGUUGGUUGGCGUGGUACAACGAUAUGUGCAAAUUGUGGAAUGAUAUUUGAAGGAAUGAACCAUUUAAAUCAUCAUUAUUCCCUAGUUCAUGGUCAUUUAUUAACAUCUGAAUUAACUUCAACACAAUACUCAAAUAAUAAGACAUCGAAAUUAUUAUUUCAAGCUCAACUUGAUCUUUUAAUCUCUGAAAAAGCAUCAAAAGAUGGCUGUCCGACAUCAACAACAUCAUCAUCAUCAACACUAUCCACCAGUGAUGAUAAUAUUCAACAGUCAAAAUCAUCAUUACAACCACCACCAUCAUCAUCAUCAUCAGGGGAGGCAGUAGUGAUAAGCGGUGAAUGUAUCAAUUCCCCCUAUGUAGAGUCAACAAGCACUACUACCACAACGGCAACACUGAUGUUGACCACAAUGACAACACUACCAACCACAGGUAUUCAACACAUUAAAAGUUAUCCAUGCCCUAAAUGUAAUUAUACAGCCAAAUGGCCGACUGAAUUACAAAAACAUGUUAUGGUACACGCUAAUUCACGCCCAUUUGUCUGUUGUGUUUGUACAACAAGUUAUAAAUGGAGUUGGGAUUUAGGUCGACAUUUUACAAAUUCACAUCCUAAUUUGCCUAAUCCAUAUAAACGUCAAAGGAAUAUUAAUAAUAAUAAUAAAAAACAACACCCUCAGCAGCAACAACAACAGCCACAACAACCACAACAACAACAACGGGAAGAGCCAUCCACAUUGAAACAAGAAGAUUUAUGA